AUGUUCAUUACGACGAAAAUUGCCGACUUGGUGCAGAUUGCGCCCGAAGACUUUAGUAAGGAGAGUUUUGUCGCCAUCGAAGAUAACAUCAACGCCAAGUACGCAAACAAGGUAGUACAAAAAGUCGGCCUUUUCAUCUGCUUGUGGGAUGUCACUUGGACAUCAGAAGGUCAGAUCGGGCAUGGCACUGGUCUAGUCAACGUGAACGUCGAGUUUGAGAUGGUGGUCUUUAGGCCUUUUAAGCACGAAGUCAUGCUCGCACGUAUCACUCACCAGACCGAGGAAGGCAUUUACCUUGGCAUGGACUUCUUUAACGACAUCUUUGUUCCCGCCGCGGAGCUUCCAGACAACUCCGAGUUCGACACAACUGAGAAGGUUUGGGUGUGGAAGGAGGAGGGCCAGGAGCUCUACUAUGACAACAACGAAAUGGUCCGGUUCCGCGUUAUCGGCGAGGAGUGGCACGAUCAAACACCAACAGGCCCGGUGGAAGUCGACCAGGCUGCAAAUCAGCUCCUACCACCGUAUAAGAUCACGGGUUCCAUGAAGGAAGGAGGACUGGGAUGUUGUUUGUGGUGGGAAUAA